AUGGGGCUUACGAUAUCUGGUCUUUUUGGACGACUUCUAGGUAAAAAACAAGUGCGAAUUUUAAUGGUUGGCCUGGAUGCCGCUGGAAAAACGACGAUUUUGUACAAACUAAAAUUGGGUGAAAUUGUCACGACCAUACCAACUAUUGGUUUCAAUGUUGAAAAAGUGGAAUACAAAAAUAUCACCUUCACUGUUUGGGAUGUUGGUGGACAGGAUCAAAUUCGGCCACUAUGGAGAUACUAUUUUCAAGAUACACAGGGUUUGAUUUUCGUUGUUGAUAGCAACGAUAGAGAACGUAUUGAGGAAAGCCGUGCUGAACUACAUAAAAUGCUUUCUGAGGAUGAACUGAAAGAUGCUACUUUGCUUGUUUUCGCUAAUAAACAAGAUUUACCGAAUGCAAUGAGUGCAGCUGAGCUAACUGAUAAGCUUGGCCUCCAUAAUCUGCGUUCACGACAGUGGUAUAUUCAAGCCACCUGUGCAACUCAAGGACAUGGUCUCUAUGAAGGAUUGGAUUGGCUUUCAAACCAACUUUCAAAAAGUUGA